GACUCCGCCCCUCUCUCCCCAAGGUACAGCUAGGUUUUCAGGCGUCACUGCAAAGAGCAACUGGGAUUCCCAUCCCUGUCUGACAAGCUGUGAGAAGUUUUAUUUUUUUUCUUUCUUCUCAAAUCUGAAUCAGAAGAAAGGGAACAAGUCAAUCAGCCUUCAUGGUUAGAAGCCUAGCAACCAUAGAACUCUGAAGUAGGCAGAAGGAAAGGAUGAUGGAAAGCAACAUCCCACAAAGACCCAAAUGACACGUGAGAGAAUGAUCUCCUCCAGAAGCAAGAGCCACAUGGCACACCUGUGAUUCCCAGGACCUGCCAACCUGAUGAAAACAGGCCAGUGGAGCCUACAUUGUUGCUUUUGCUGCUGUGAACCAUCUCAUCUUCCCAUCCUUUCAGAGAAACCUGAGAUCAUGAGGAGCAAUCUCACCCUGGUAGGCACCUUCUGGGCCUUCCUGUCUCUAGUUACUGCUGUGGCAAGUUCUACCAGUUACUUUCUUCCUUAUUGGCUGUUUGGAUCACAGCUAGGGAAGCCAGUCUCUUUCAGUACAUUCAGGAGAUGCAACUAUCCUGUGCGGGGAGACGGGCACAAUCUGAUCAUGGUGGAAGAAUGUGGGCGCUAUGCCAGCUUCACCGCCAUACCAAGCCUGGCAUGGCAGAUGUGUACAGUGGUGACAGGUGCCGGCUGUGCGCUGCUACUCCUGGUGGCACUGGCUGCUGUCUUAGGAUGCUGCAUGGAAGAACUCAUCUCUAGAAUGAUGGGGCGUUGCAUGGGAGCUGCACAGUUUGUAGGAGGGCUGCUGAUAAGCUCAGGCUGUGCAUUAUAUCCUUUAGGAUGGAACAGUCCGGAGGUAAUGCAAACAUGUGGGAAUGUCUCCAAUCAAUUUCAGUUAGAAUGUCUAGCAGACUCUUUCGUGAAGCAGGAACCCCAAAGGACUGUGUCAUUUUUAGGAACCUGUAGACUUGGCUGGGCCUAUUACUGUGCUGGGGGUGGAGCUGCUGCAGCCAUGUUGAUCUGUACCUGGCUCUCUUGUUUUGCUGGAAGAAACCCCAGGCCAGUCAUGUUGGUGGAAAGUAUCAUGAAGAAUACCAAUUCUUAUGCCAUGGAGCUUGAUCACUGCCUCAAACCUUAAGACUUGAUGAAGAUCAUCUGAAGAGGGUGGGAAUGGGAGGGAAACAAGCCUUGAAAAGAGGUACUAUGCUAAGGCAGCCACCUACUGGUAGUGUAGCCUAGUGUUUGCAUGCUUUGUAGCCACUUGUCAUUCAUUUUCACGUCCCCAUAAAGCUCUAAGUCCUUACCUAUUUAUACAAUUCAUCAGGCACAAUGAUGCUCUCAAAUACUGCUGGACAGAGUUUCGACUGACCACCCAAGUCCCAUUGAGACCUUUAUACAAAAUACGAUUCUCACUUGGAGGUUAACUGUAUAAGUAAGAAACCCCUUAGAGUUCUGUAACACUUCCCAUUAACUUUAAACCUCAGAGAGAUUUCAGGAGCAGUUUUACUCAGAGGUACUAGGAGAUGGACUAAGCUGAUUUCCAUACAUUCAUUUCCAUGGCUCUCCCUCUAAUAUUUAUUGUUGCCCACAAACAUAUCUUGAGUAUCAAUAUGCAAAUCAUUUGUAACUUUCUUAGGGCUAUGCUUGGUCUCAUUUUUCUCUCUCAAGCAUGGGGAAGUUCGGUGAAAGGGUAACUUCCAGUGGGGGACAACAUUAAUCAUGUUUGUUUGCAUAUAAUCUGGGGCAACUUCCACAUUAUGCUUUAGAAUAUUCAUAGGACUUACUUAAUUUUCUACUCUUUCUGGGCAUUUGGUAUCAAAAUAUUAUAAUUGCUCCCCAACCCCUUCUAGAUAAAGAAAUAUUGCCAAUUGAAUAUUUUGAGUAAAGUCUAACAUUUGUGAGGUGUUCAAUAAAUAUAUAAUCACAGUGAUGAAGGCAA